AUGAGGAAAGAAAUACGAAGACGAGAAACAGCUCAAGCAGAGCUUGGAAAUAGAAAGGCUCAAACCGAAGGGGAUCUCAGAACCGCAACCGAAUCCCGAAAGCUUGAAGUCGAGGUCGUGACUCGGAAGGAAGGUCGAGAAGAGGCUGAAAUUCAGCGGGAAGAUUACGAAGUUCGCAACGUCGAUAAUCCCGAAAAUGUGGCAGUACAUGAAAAUAAAACUGCAGCUCCGACAAAAGUUGGAGCUGUGACAAAUGAACAACCUGAAUUGCUACCAGAUGUGCUUGGCUCACCAUUGAGCGAGGGCAGCAUUUCAUCUGAGGACGAUACAGAGGAGGAAGUUGAGACGGCUAUUGAGCAUUCGGAUCUGGAUUUCCCACAUGAAGAAAUUUCUAGCAACGAUAUGUUCAGUAAUCGCUCAAGCCGAAGUUCAGCCACGGUAACAAUCAUCGACAUUUAG